GCCAUGGGAGAGUUUAUCACGGAAGAGAUGCGCUCACUGUACCUCUGGGUAGAUGUCACUGCCCUUUUUAGAGAUGGUGGCCACUCAGCAGGAGAUGAAUGACGCCCAGCUGGUGCUCCAGCAACGAGACUACUGUGCCCACUACCUCAUCCGGUUUCUCAAGUGCAAGCGCGACAACUUCCCCAACUUCCUGGCCUGCAAGCACGAGCAGCACGACUGGGACUACUGCGAGCACCUCGACUAUGUGAAGCGCAUGAAGGAGUUUGAGCGGGAGCGGCGGCUGCUGCAGCGGAAGAAGAGACGGGAGCAGAGGGAGGCGGACAUGGCCAAAGGCCUGGGGCCUGGCGAGGUGGCCCCCGAGGUGGCCCUGUAGCGAACCUGCCCACCACUCUGUGGACCAGUCAAGAAAUAAAAGCCUCCAGGCCCCGCGGCCCAAGCUCC